AUGUCGUGGAUCAAGUCUGCGGUGGGACGUGCCAAGGUAUCCACGCACGAUGCCCUACCGCCAUUGCAUGCGCGUCUGGGUGACUGGACAGGCGAUUUCCGGGACCCUAGCAAAUUUGCCGAGGGAUUCGUCGAUCAGCUCAGUCUGCCGGGCGAGAUCUCCGCGAUGGCCUAUGAGCCUGGUAUGGGCUACCUGGCCGUCGGCACCUCUGCGGGCAGUGUGCAUCUGUAUGGCGCGCCGAGUGUGCGUAUCAUGUUUAUGCUACGUCCUGCGCUGCGUGUGAAGCAUAUGGCAUUCAAGUCAGAUACGUACCUCCUCAUUUGUAUCGAUGAGAAGGACAAUAUCAGUAUAUACGAUCUAUCACGGCGGGAUCCACAUGCCUCCGUUGUCCAUGGCGCACGACGAGCGCAAGCGAGCCAGAUGCCGGCGUGUGCCGAUGCGCCGAUGCGAGUCGGGAUCCAUACAGCCCGCAACCAUGUGCUGUGCAUGGAAGUGACCUCAGAGCAUAGUCACUUGUUCUUGGGCUUGGCGGAUGGGACGGUGGAAACGUAUGACUUGGAUCGAUUCCAUGUGUCGCCGUACCGCAUUCCGAACUUGUGGUGGAACGAGGAAGAGAUUCUGCGUCGGUCCAAUGUACCGCAGGCGCCCAGUCGUUUGCACAUCCCGCUGAUGAUUGAUAUCCAGACGCAUCCGCGCGACUGUAACAUUCUACUCCUAUGCUAUGAAGGCGGCGCGGUCCUCUAUUCGCUGCGCGACAGCCAUGCGAUGAGCACGUACCAACUACGACUCCUUCCGGGCGCACCAGGGCCCCAUGCUGAUGCGCCCAUGGAAGAAAUUUGGAGUGAGCGUAUGUGCCCAGCCACGUCCAUUGCAUGGAGUCCAUGUGGUGAGAUGUUCGCAAUGGGCCAUGAGAAUGGUGCGCUCUCGAUUUGGAGUAUCAAGGACGAAGACAAGCCGCUUUUGGUGCGCACGCUGGACGAGAUCGACAUUGAUCGGCCCGUAGCCCCAGAAGAUCUAUCAACACAGAGCAUGGGCCCCCGUGAGCCGAUUUUCAAGCUGACAUGGUCUGGCUUCCCGGCGCAGGGCUGGUACGAGUAUGGUGCUCAAGCCGCCAGUGCGUGGACAGGCAGUGGCGCCGCGCCGACGGAGCCGACGUCCAGCAAUGCAGCCUCGUCCUCGACGCCCACGUCCGAGUCGGCCUCGUCGCGUGGGACGAUCCUCACAGUGAUGGGUGGCACGCCGGUGCGCCAGAGUGCGGCGUGUUUGUACGCGUUCCAUUUACCGCCGCCUCCAGCUGCAGGUCUGUUUAGCACAUCCUCAAACUACGAGGCACAAGCCAAGGCGAAGGCUGCGCAGCGUGCAGCGCUGAUGCCGACACAUACAACGGUGUAUCGUACCACCGGCACAGUGGAAGACUACUGUCUUCUUCCACGCCUCAAUCCUCAUUACCGUGGUACGUUUGAUCCGUACGGAAUCCUGGUUCUGGUCGGUCCAGAUGGCUCGUUGCCGACGAUUGCCGCGCAGAGUACGCAGCGUGGAAUCGAGGCAUACACCUUCCCACCACGACGGAGUGAGCCAGCAUACGAUCGCCUAGGACUGCCGUUGCCGCUGCAGCUGGCUGGGCGCGGUACGGUCCUGGGCUGCACAGUCGCCACCGUCCCACUGGCGCAGUACCGCCGCUGGGUUCAGGCGGCGCCUGUCGGGGCCAUAGGCUCCAUCAAGCCGGACGAGUUUAUGGGUGGUUGGGCCACGCCCAAUCUGCAAGGCGGUGCAACGCUCGCGCAUGCCCCGGCCUUUGCACGACAGGGUCAGCCGCGUCUGCUAGUGACGUGGCAUUUGGAUGGGACCGUGCGUAUGCACGACGUGAGUCCGCACCUGCUUCUCCUGGGCGAAAGCGAUCCACGACGCGGCGUCCUUUUGCAUGAGCCGUUCCCUGUACCGCUACCGCAUUUGACUCUGUCUGUGCGUGACAUGAUCAUGCAUCCUACUAUGAUCGGUAUGCCGGCCCUCGAGCCCUUGCAGCGGUUCCCGAUGCAGAUGCAGAUUGAGCAUGUGCAAGUGGCUUGGGACGCUAUGGAAUGCAUUGUGAGCCUUACAACAGGGCACGUGGUGCAUUUGACGAUGGGCACGGGCGUUCUUGCCGGGCAGAUGCAUGCCUUGGCCUUGAGCGACAAGACCGAAGGGCCUUCCGCAUCCAUAGGCCUCUCCGACGGCGAGUCGGCCAAUGGACCUUUGCCGGAAUUUACGUCGAUGGAGACAAUAUGUGACUUUGCGUCAGCGGGUUUCCAGCCGCAUACCGUGCUACACGUUCUACCAGGCCCUGCGACAUGCCAUGCGCUAAGCGAUACAGGCCUGUAUGCGGCAGCCAAUGGCGGUAUGCUUGUCGUGGCUGACUGCCGCUCGCAAGACAUUGUCAUUCGCUCAGGUUUUGGCCAUGCCGACUUUUUCUCACGUCAGAUCGGUGCGCGCGAAGCGAAGAUCAUCGAGGCCGAGGCACAGAGCGAAAUCGCUUGGCUUACGUUUGCCGUUUGCCGCACCCGCAGUGAUCCCGUGUUGGCACUGCGGCUCCUUGUGGGCCGUGUGAAUGGCUACGUGACAGUAUGGACCUUUGAACGGAGCAGUUUGGAGCAGUGGAUGGGCUUCCGCUCCGACGCGGUAUCGCUCGCUCUUCCAACCCACGCUCGCAUUGUCCAUGCGCAAGUCGUGGGCGUCGCAGGCAAUGUGGCCUCGACCAACGAGGCUAGUGUACAACGCGCCGCCAUGGAGCAGACGUCGCCGGACACCGCUGAGAGUAUGCGUGACUUUUACAUGCUGCUCGUCGCCACGACGCAGGGCGCCGUGCUCAUGGACCAAGUCACAGGCUCUCGCAUUUCGCAUGUCGAGUGGCCUGAUCCUGUGCACUCGGCCCACAUCGUCGAAAAGCAGGGAGCCAAGACCUUGGUGGCUGUGGCAUCGAAUAGCAUUUUUGCAUCGUCCUUGCCGCGCUUCGAUACGACGCACCGCGUGCAGCGCCAUGUGCCGCCCAGCCAGGAAGUCGUGACGACGGCGCCACAGGUCUGCAUUGAGGACCAAGGUUUCUUCUUCGAAGUGGCCAGCGGGCAUCAGUUGCGUGUAUGGUCGACCUUUGCAUCCCUACCACAUGCAGAACGGCCGACCGUCCACUUGUUCACGCCACGGUCUCUUCCGCUAGCGCCGGGCGCUGGGGCAGGUGGCUACAUUGCCAGUGUAGCAGGGUGGCUCGGUACCUCGGCAGGUCAAUCGCUCUCCCAGGCCGCGCAGACAGAUGCCGUCCUGGCAGGAUCGCGACGUCCCGCGGCCCCGACGCUCCCGCCGCGCAUGACAUGGGAAAAACAGAGUGUCCCUGACCCUCCCGCCAACGCAUCAGGACCACCUAGCUCAUCGUCAACGCCGCGUGGAUCGGUAUCCGGGGCAGCAGGCGCGCCGUCCAGUGCGUGGGCCCUCCCGAGUCUCCCGUCGUUGUCCGGCACACGAAGCUCAGUCUCCACACCCCCAGUCCCCCCCCCUGCCGAUCCCGAAGCCGCGGCCAAUGGCUGGUGGUUCGAAGGGUAUACAAAACAACUUGCCAACUUCACCAACAACAGUGUGCGUUCACAGGCCCAUGUCAACAUGCAGCUCCUGCAUAAACGCGAUGAACUUCUUGCGACAUUGGACGAAGGCAUGACAUCCCUCGAACGUGGCGCUAAAGACUUUUUCAAGCAAACACGCAAUGCCGCCCUCAAAGCCGCUGCGAAAGACAAACUUAACUCGUACUUGUAG